AUGGCCGGUGCACCGGCAGUGAGGCGGGCCCCUAUGGGGCAGGCAGAUCUGGAGGCUUUGGUGGAUGGCGUGGGUCCCGAGCAAACACUGCCUGUGAUCUAUUUGCGCCUGGAGCCUACAGAGGAUGGCAUGGAGAGAUUCGCUACAGCCUAUCCCCUGCGCCGACGAGCAAACGGGUUUCUCGUUUUGGUUCCCGACGCCGAGCUCGUCAGGGACUUCCUCGACAACCUCAUGGGCGACGAUGGCGAGGCGCUGGCGCUGAUGCAUCGAGAGCAGGUCCAUGCAGAAACCGUGCGUGGACGUCAGUUGGGGCCUGCGCAUAUCAUCCUGGUGGAUCUGUCUUGGAGCUGCGCGGAACGCUUUGUCCGCUCUCAUCCGCUUCGUGGUGCUCAGGAUCGAAAUGUUCGACUUACUGCUCUGUCGGUGGGAGGCACCGGUGGACGGCCGUCGUCUGGAGACGCCCUGGACGCCGCGGCUCGAUGGGUCGAACAGCUGGAUCCGGAUACUGCGCAGGAGUAUUUCGAGAGCGCGCAGGAGGCGGUCGAGGGCUCUGUAGACGGAGAGCCUUUCGAGGAGGAAGGCGCAGGCGAGCCGCUGCUCGAGCGGGCGCCGGCGCCUCAACCUGCUCUGCCGCGCAGAACUGCUCGCACAACUCCGGCUGCUACUCCAGGUUCCUUGUUCAGACCCGCUGGCGCUUUGGAUCCGGCUCAACUUCAGCGACUUCAAGGCCUUGCAGGCUUAGCUCCUCCCAGGGCAGGUGGCGUCGAACGCGCUGCUGGCUUGGACCAAGGCAGCAUGGCAGACCUGCGCAUGGAGUUGGCAUGCCCGGACUCGUCUCUGCAGGCGAUGCUGCUGGCUCAGAUGCGGCAGAACGCGGUUCUGCUGGAAUGCCUGGUCAACAAAAGCGGCGACGGCGUCCAAGACGCGCUCGCCGGUGGGGCCAGCGCGUCCGAUGGGUCUGGGGGCAUCAAGGGGCACUUGGCCCGCGACGCCUAU